GGAUCGCAGCUACCGUCGCUUAAGGGGCUCUGAACUUUGGGGAGGGGGGAGACGAGGGAGGGAGGCAGGAGUGGAUCCCGAAAUUGGAGGAUCUUCCCCUCCCGGGCCAGGAGCGGGGUGGAGAUUGAGCUAGGAUCCCCGGGUUCCCAGAGUGUUCAGUGGUUGGAGCACGGAGCCGGGAAGACAGUUCUGGGGAAGGGAACCGUCUCUAUGGGACGGGGGGAAGGAGGAGUGAGGCCUAGUGAUUAAAGCAAGGGGCUGCGUUGGAGUGACUGCGCCUGGAGCAAGGAAGGGAGUGAAGUUCUGUGGUUGGAGCAGGGAAGAGAGGGCAAACGAGGCUGGACACAGAUAUCCGGGGUUCUCUGGAGUGUGUUCUGGGACUGGAGGAAUCAGGGAUCCUGCCUCGCUCAAGGGGAUGAACAGAAGAAGGUAGGGCAGUUUCCGAUUCUUGGGAGCACAAGAGCCCAUGCCCCUGAAGCCAAGUUCUGGUGGGUUAGAGCGGGAGGGUUAAAGAGUCAGGGAAGCUGGAGGCCUGAGACUACAGUGGUUAGAGCAAUUCGCAAUGGACGAUCUUGAGGAGACAUUUGGAGGUUAUGGGGAUCCAAAUCCAGCCCCUUAUGAGGAACUGGUAUCUGUAAUGGCUGGCAGUUUGUAUAGUGAGCUGGAGAAGCUGGUAGGGGCCCACGGGCCUGGAACAGUAUCGGGGCUCCUGCCACAACUGGUCUCUGUCCUGGAAUCUCUGCAAGGGGCUUGUGAGCAGGUUCGAGAGAGGGAUCAGGCUCUGGAACGGUUGCGGGAUGACCGUCUGCGGUUGCUGGAGCAGUAUGAACGGGAGCGAGCUGGGCGCAAGCGGGCUGAAGAGCGAUUCAUGGAGCUGGAGGAUACGAUGGAGCAGGAGCACAAGGCACACCUGGUGGCGGUUAGCCGGCUGGAAGGGCAUAGCCGUGCCUUGGAGGGGAAAGCACGCAGCUACGCGGAUCAGGUGGCCAGCCUGGAAGAACAAAAAUCUUCACUGCUGAAGGAGCUCUCGACGCUCGGCCAGAGCCACACUAAGGUACUGCAAAGCUACAAGGAGCUGAAAUUGCAAAAGGCGGCUUCAGCUGCUGUGGGGCAAGCUGGCUCUCCAUCUGCAGAGGCAAAAAGGCUGAAACUUCCAGCAAUCCGGGAGCCACCUCAGUGUCUGCCAAACACCCCUGAUGCUGGGCCACCUGAGGUACCUCAAUGCCCACAGGAACCUGCAGAGAUUCAAGAGGUUCCUUGCUCAGAGAAGACAUCCCAGGGAGAUGCAGGAAGGAAUGUUUUCCCCCUUUUGCAAGAAAUGUGGCAGCCAGAGAAGGAUGCCCCCACUGCUCAGUUACAGGGCUUCAACUUAGAAGACCUUCUGAGUGCCACUCCAGAGUUGGGAGCUGACCCAGAGAAAGCAAGCAGCCCCCUGAGUACCACCCUCGAGCGCAACACGGUCUCCCUUUUCGCCGAGGUCUCAGGCCUCAGCCCUGAACUCCUCAGUGAUAUGGACAACGGUGCAGAUUUACAGAGUGAUCCCUUAGAAACCCUGAUGGCAGAAAACACUCGGCUACAAGAGGCACGGAUCACUCUGGAUACUGCUCGCCGCCACCUUAUUGCCCGUGUGGAGGAGCUCAGCGAAGAGCGCGAAUCGCUUCGGAUGGAGCGUGAAGGAACGUUGGCAGCCCUGUCGCGUUGCCAAGCCCAGCUGAAAGAGGCUGAGUUGGAACUUAUUCGGGUCCGGCAGGAGUUUGAGGAAACGAGACGUUCGAGUGAAGAUGGGGAGGCUGAAGGGGGCUUGUCUCGGCCCCAUCGGUUCACCCGGGCUGAGAUGGCGCGUGUGGUGAUGGAGCGCAACCUGUAUAAGGAGAGGCUGAUGGAGUUGCAGGAGGCCGUUCGACGCACCGAGCUCCUAAGGGCUUCACGGGAGGAACAGGCUGUUCAGAUGAAAAAAUCGUCUUUCUGGAAAAUCUUUGAUCGCCUAUUCAGCCCCUCUGAUUCUCCAGAGAGAUCCCCGGCCUCUCCGCUGCCGCCAGGGAGGGCUCGGUCUAGUCCCACAGGCCGUGGCGAACUGGGGAGGAAUGGAGGGCAGUUGCCUCCAGCACUGAGAUACAUCCCCCGAGCUACCUCGCCUGGCACGACGGCUGACAGUUCGCCACAGCAGAAGCGUCGAGAGCUAUACCGCGAGAUUCGCUCGCACAUCUGGCAGGAACAUGGCAGGGCACAGAUCCAUGGGUGGAGCCAGCCACCUGCGCUCCAGGGCCAUGACCCACCUUCAGGGGGCGCUGAUGUACCUGUGCUCAUGCAGCUACGGAUGCUGGACCAGAAGGACCCCAGUACCAAGCUCUGGUGCGCUGCAGCAUCAGUCAGACCUCAGUCCCAAGAAGCACUCAAGACAGGCACCGCUUGUCAAGACUUCUCAGGCAGCGCUCAACUGUGGGUGGCCGCAGGGACCCACUCUGUGAGCGAAGUGACUCUCUUUGAUGCCCAGAACACCAGCCAGCUCCUGGAGCACUUCGUGCUGCCCGGCAUUCAUGUCCUCUCUAUCGCCUGGGUGCCUGGUCUUACAGUACCUGGCCGUGGGAGCCCCGAGGGGGAGCCAAAGUUUCUUGAGCACCCCCUGGCACCUCAAUCUGACAGCGAGGACGAGGUCCUGGAAACAGAGGCAGUUGGAACCACACCCACCGUCUGGUUUGGGACCCAGGAGGGCUGCAUCUAUAUCCACUCUGCUGAGACAGACUGGCGACGCUGCCAGGGCAAAGUGCAGCUGAAGGAUGCCAUCCACUGCAUUGUCCACACCCAGGGCCGUGUGGCCGCCACACUAGGGGAUGGAUCUGUGGCCAUAUUCCACCGGAACCCAGUUCGGAACUGGGACUUGCGCUGCCCACGCCUGGUGGACCUGGGAAGGCCACGGCGCUCCAUCCGCUGCGCCAUCCCUGUGUUUGACCGACUGUGGUGCGGAUAUGGAAAUCGGAUCUAUGUGUUGGAUCCUCGUGCUGCUCGCAUCCAGAGGUACUUUGAGGUGACCUCACACCCUGAAGGCCAAGUGCGGCACAUGGUGUCGGCCGGCGAUGGCAUCUGGGUCUCGGUUCGGCUGGAUUCCACUCUGCGCCUCCUCCACGCAGAGACUGGGCAGCCGCUGCAGGAAGUGGAGCUGGGUCCCUUCAUCACCCGAAUGCUUGGGCCGAGCAGCUUAAGUCUAGCCUUAAGCAUCUCAGCACUUGGCGCUUUUGGGAAGCGGCUGUGGGUCGGCACCUCUGGCGGAACCAUCAUUUCUCUGCCCUUCAUCUCUGAAUUUGCCAGAAGCUCGGAUUCUUCCUCCCCUAACACCAUCCCUUACUGUGCCAUGGAGCUAGCACAGAUCAGCUACCACGGGCACCGUGAUGCCGUCCGCUUCUUCAUCUCAGUCCCAGGGUGUGCAAAUCCGUCCUCUCUGGAAAACCCCAAGGAGUCGCGCAGCCAAGAGCAGCUUGGCAAACCCUGCAACUUGGUGCUAAGUGGCGGGGAGGGGUAUAUUAACCUCCGAAUAGGUGAUGACACAGACGAGCACUAUGGCGACCUGCUGCUCCUGAACCCACGCCUGCGUCGAGCAGAGCGAAGCCACUUCAUUGUCUGGCAAGUGCAGGCCUGAGGCUGUGGUGGUGGGCAUGACCACAGCUCCCGGAUAGUGCUGUUCGGCUUCCGCCUGGGAGGGAAGAGCAGAGUCUCUGGAUAUUGGUGUUACCCCCUCACUGCUGCCCCCUGCCCUAUUCUCCUACUUGGUUUACCUGCUGGGGCCUGCAGGGCAGGGAUAGUGACUUUUGCAGAGUUCUCAGGCUGGGGAUGGUGUUGGGAGCUGCUGAGACACCAUUUUUAAUGCCACUGUUUUCAAAGUAGAGCGGUGGGUCAUUGUGCAAUAAGCUGCCCUGCUUGUCUCACAUGCUUCGUCCCCUUCAGGUCCUGUGACACUGGCUCCCUCUUCCCUCUGUCACCCCGCCACAAGGCCCACUUAGACUUGGCUGGCUGGUGCGGAGUCAGGACUUCCGGGCCUUGUACCAGUUGGGAAUGAUGUGGGUCCGGGAAGUCGGAGCACAGGAAGCCAACAACUAGGGUUCCUGGGACAUAUCUGGAAGAGGAGCAGCUCCAGCUUUGUUGGAGCCAUGACCCUCACCUGCCUCUUGGCUCCUGCUUUUGAGUGUGGUGCUCCGGUGCAUAUUUUGAGGCUAGAGGUUGGGGUGUGGGGCAAAGGAUUGGGAACUACUGACAGCGCUGUUGAAGCCUGUGGACAUACACUGCUGCACCGCUCAGGGGGGCCUCAAGGGGGAGGCCUCUUGCCCCGUUGUGCCUCCCAGGCCCUAGAAGCUGAAAAGGAGCUGGCCGAUUCCCAUGGAAACUCUUGAGUGAGCUGGGUUCUUCCUGGAUCUUUGGAACGAUGCUGGGGCGAAGGGAUCCUCCACAACAUUAGUUUCUCAGGGUUGCUGUUUGUUGUUGUCCGUCUCACCAGGCAUCCCUGGCAGCAUCUCAGGAUCACUUUCUUUGGGAUGGUUUCUCAAUAAAGCUUUAUUGUUAUUACUGUU